CAGCAUUGAUUGUCAAAUGGGAUUCUUUUCUUUCACGUCAUCAUUUGAAGCACAAGUUGAAGAAUGUCUUUUAAUCCUUUCCCCAUUGGCACCCAAUUGCAUGUGGAGACGUGCUUUGGUGAUCAACUUACUGGUGAGGUUGUGACCUACGAGCACAGUGUCAAGAUGCUAAUAUUGCGAUGCCACAGCAAAGAUGGUAAAGGAAACGAUUGCCACAAUCAGUGCAUUGUGAAUUUGAACUACUGCAAGGACUUGAGCAUUAUACAGGAGGUGAAAACAACAACAGCAACAACGCUGGACAAAGUCAAUGAGUCGCCAGCACGCCUCAAUCUCUCGCUUUUGGAUCAGCGCCUGCAGCAUUCGGUGGCGCAGCGUGAAAACUUGUUGCGCAGCUGCAAUGAGCAUGCCACGCCCCGUGGCAGGCAGCUCUUUAAGCUGCUCGCCAAGCAUUUCGGCAACAGUGAACUCUCCUGGCAGAAGGACGAAAUACAGGUGCUGCAACAACUGAUUAUAAAGCCGCCCUAUCGCAUUUGCGAUAUAACAAGCACCCAGAACAGUCCCAAGUUGCUGAAAUACGUGCAGCGUCUGCUGGAAAAGUUCAAUGAGAAUGCCGCAACUGGUGACAAGGAAGACACGAUCUAAAAGCAACAAAGAGUACUUAAUAAAAUACACCCACACACACACUCACACACAUUUACUCCCACACACCAAAAUACACUUGGAAACUGUUGCCCCGACGCUUUGUUUGUCAACAAAAACAUUUUCGAAAUACAAACACACAGAGUGUGCUACUGCUUUUGAUUA